GCCACACUGUGUACGUAUAUAACUCGAGUACAUGCUCGAGUAAGUUACUUGAAUUGAGUGUGAUAUCAGUGUAUGGCUCUAGUAUUAAACAGUGACCCAAGCCAAGUGCCAACGAAUAGAAAUAACUAUACAUUUUUCUUACAGAUAUAAUCGUUGCAAGCGUAUAGAUGAGACGAAAAAGCGGUAAUAUAUAAAAAAGAGAUGAAGAAUAUAAUGAUAUCCGUUUACAACCGUGACGCUGCAAUAUAAUUAACGUGAACCAUUGCUCAUUUUGCUCGUCUAAAUCCUCACCGUUGAAAAGUAACAACGUAAUAGUCAUGGGUGAUUGGUACGAAUAGAGUAGAAAAAAAUUGAAUCGGCUUUUUUUUAACCGAGCAUUCUGAGCGUGUGUUAACGAUCGCAAUGAUAAGAUAUUAGUAUGCGAAGUGUGUUCAUGUUUUUGUCAAUCAUUCCGAAUCGCGUGUAUGUGUGCAUUGUGCAGUUUGAAGAAGAAGAGCAAAAAACAUAACAAGAUAAUUUAGAAUGAUUUCAAAGCUAAACUGGUUUUGAAUUUGUUUCUUUGUGUGUUUAUCUACGCCUCGUAUAUUUGACAAUUAUGUGUGUGUUAGCAGCUGUAUUUAUGAGGUCAAAGUGUGCAUGUAUGUGAUACUGCGUUUGAUUCAGAUUAGCGCACACAGACGCACAGCGUGAUUUGUUGUUUAGUAACACGCAAUGAUCUGCUGAAUUUCAUUUCAACAUGAACAACUGGCACUCUCAGCUGAGCGUUUGUUGUGUUGUAGGCACAGUGUAACAGUGAUUGUGUUUGCGAACAGUUCUAUUUAUAAAUAACCAAAUCGAAUGAAAAUAAAAAUAAGAAUAGUGUGAUAUUGAAGGUGAACAGAUAAAAUAGCAAGUGAAACAAACAAAUAAACAACAAUGGAUUUUUCAUGUUCAAUUUUUUGGUUGACUGCAUUAAUAUGUUUGGCAUUUUUCUAUGUGAAGCGAAAGUUUAAUUAUUGGAAACGGAAUGGUGUGCCGUUUGUUGUGCCAAAAUUUCCGUUUGGAAAUUUACAAGUGAUUCAACGUAAAGAUCAUUUAUCACAGCGAUUGGCCACAUUCUAUCGUGAACGUAAACAAGAUGCUCCAAUGCUUGGCAUCUAUUUCUUUUUGAGUCCAGUGCUAUUGGUCAAUGACUUAGAUUUAAUCCGGCAUAUUUUUAUCAAAGAUUUUCAAUAUUUUCAAAAUCGCGGCACAUUCUACAAUGAAAAACACGAUCCGUUAUCAGCGCACUUGUUCAAUGUGGACUAUGAGAAAUGGCGACCGUUACGAUCAAAGUUAACGCCAACAUUCACAUCUGGGAAAAUGAAAUUCAUGUUCGGUACAAUUGUGUCGGUGGCAAAUGAAUUUGUUGAAUGUCUCAAUAAAACGAUUCAAGUUGAUUGCGAAAUUGAGGUCAAUGAAUGGCUGGGACGAUUUACAACCGAUGUCAUUGGCACGUGUGCAUUUGGUAUUGAAUGUAAUAGUCUCAAAGAUCCCAAUGCGAAAUUCCGUCAAAUGGGCAAAAAAGUGUUCGACCAACCGAAACUCGGCGCUUUUGAACGCAUGCUGAUUAUCACGUGUAAGAGUUUAGCGAAGCUGCUACGCAUUCGAAUCCAUCACACAGAUGUCACUGACUUUUUUUUGAAGAUUGUCGCUGAGACGGUCGCUUUUCGUGAAAAUAACAAUGUGCAACGCAACGAUUUUAUGAGCCUUUUGAUUGAUUUGAAAAAUGCCAAAAAGGAAGAGGACCGAUUGACGAUCAACGAAAUCGCGGCACAAGCAUUUGUCUUCUUUUUGGCCGGUUUCGAGACUUCGUCCACUACGCUGACUUAUUGCCUUUAUGAAUUGGCAUUGGAGAAAAAUAAACACAUUCAAGACGAGGCUAGGCGAGAGAUUUUUGCCGUUUUAGAAAAACACAACGGGCAACUUACCUAUGAAGCUGUCAACGACAUGGUUUACGUCGAUCAAAUUAUUAACGAGGCACUACGGAAGCAUCCGCCAGCAUCGAAUUUGGCGCGAAUCGCUACUAAAAACUACAAAGUUCCAAAUUCAGACUAUACAAUCCCCGAAGGAAUGUUUGUGUUAGUUCCCGUUUAUGCGAUUCAUCAUGAUCCAGACUACUAUGAAAACCCUGAGGAAUUCGAUCCGACACGGUUUUCACCUGAACAGGUUAAGCAGCGCCAAUCAUGCUGUUUCAUUCCCUUUGGAGAUGGCCCGAGAAACUGUGUCGGUAUACGAUUUGGAAUGUUGCAGGCCCGCAUAGGUCUCGCGAUUUUGCUGCAAAACUUUGAAUUUUCUACUUGCUCGCGAACACAAAUUCCAAUCAAAUAUUCGCCCAAAAAACUCGUUCUAUCACCAGAAAACGGCACUUGGCUCAAAGUCAACAAAGUCACGUGAUAUCCAUUGCUUGGGUUGAAAUUACAUUUUAUCAGAAAAAACAUAGUGUGUCAUUUAAUCAUUACUUGUGUUUCUUCAAUAUCAAAGUUCUGUAUUAUCACACCACACAAAUAAUCGUAAAUUAGUUUUUGAUGAACAAUUAUUUUGUGAUUUCGUUGAGAGUGUUUAUGUUUGCAUUGCAUUUGAUGAGAUUAUUGUGGGAAAAAAAACUAAUUUUAUUGGCAAUAAAUGUCAUGGUUAGGAAAUAAAGUUUUUAUCUUUCAUUA